AAAAGCGUGGGUGCUUCAAUGCGCCAUCUCUCUCUCUCUCUCUCUCGGUUCUUCUGGUGGCUGACUCUUUCUCCCACACACCACAAAGACAGCCACACACACAGCAGAGAAGACACACAGAAAUCGAAGAAGAAAGGCAAUUUGCAAACGCUGCUGCUGCCGCUGCCGCCUCUGUGUGUGUGUGUGUGUGUGCGCGCGCGCGUGCGUGUAUGGUGCGAUACACAGACAACUGGACAAGGCAAGAGUAGCAAUUUGCAAGUAAUACGCAGAGAGAGAGGGUAACAGUCGUCACCAGUUGGGAGCUAACCCUAGACUUUAUUCCUCAUAUCACCCUUCAUAUAAUUCUCUGCUCUCUCCCUCAUCCACUCUACUCAAGCAUGAACAAGUUGGGCAGAGGCCACCGGGACAAAGUUCACCAGUUUAUGACCAUUACUGGCACUAGUGAAAAGGCUGCAUAUCAGGCUUUGAAGGCUAGUGAUUGGCAUCUUGAAGGAGCCUUCGACGCAUUCUACAGUCAACCCCAACCAAAAUCAUAUACUGAUGCUAGGCGCUUGGAAGAUCUUUACAACAGAUAUAAAGAUGCUUAUGCGGAUAUGAUUAUGGCUGAUGGAAUCACUCUUUUGUGCAGUGACAUUCUGGUCGAUCAUCAGGAUAUUGUCAUGUUGGUACUUUCAUGGCAUAUGAAGGCUGCUACUAUGUGUGAAUUUUCAAAGCAGGAGUUCAUUGGUGGAUUGCAGUCUCUAGGGGUGGAUUCAAUAGAGAAAUUGAGGGAAAAAAUACCAUUUAUGCGUUCUGAGCUUAAAGAUGAUCAAAAGUUUCGAGAGAUCUAUAACUUUGCUUUCGGAUGGGCAAAGGAGAAGGGCCAGAAGUCUUUGGCAUUAGAUACUGCAAUAGGGAUGUGGCAGCUGCUUUUUGCUGAGAAGCAUUGGCCAUUGGUUGAUCAUUGGUGCCAGUUCUUGCAGGCACGACAUAAUAAAGCUAUAUCGAGGGACACCUGGUCUCAACUCCUCGAGUUUGCAAAGACUGUGGACCCCCAACUCUCAAACUAUGAUGUUGAUGGUGCUUGGCCUUAUCUGAUUGAUGAAUUUGUGGAAUACUUGAUUGAAAAUGGCAUAAUCCAAAAUGGUCAGUUGAGUGAUUGGACACAGAAGCAUUGAUGCUAAUAGAAAUGAGUGGUAUGGUGGAUUUGAGAACCGCGAUUACUGGUAUGUUGUUUGGAAAAAUCAAAAGGAAGAGAGGUUUUUUUUUUUUUUUUUUUUUGGUGUAUAAAACAAGAUACUGGAAAAACUGUGAUGUGGUGCUGCAGGUUGAGUGGAAAUUGAUAUGCUACAGUGGUUUUAUGAUCUUGGAAAGCAAUUGUUAUUGAUGUUGUUGGUUGGGCUCUUGCUUGCGAGCCAGUGAGUGCUGUGUAACACACACUAGCAGCAGCUGAAUCCACAGAUGUUUUGAGUAGCCUGCCUAUUGGCUUUCAGUUUUUUUUUUUUAAAAAAAAUUAUUAUUAUUGAACUGCAGUGCGGAGAUGAUGCAGGCCUGAUUCCAGUUUAGUAGUCAAGUAAUUAUGAUCUUCUUUUCUUUUUUUUGAAGGGAUUAAUGAAUUGUAAUUUUAGCAAAGACAGUGGUAUAUAUAGUCGGGAAGGAAAAUACAAGCAAAGCAAUGGCACUAGUUGUAGUAGUAGUAUUGAA